AUGUCGACCACUCAGCAAACCCCAGAAGUCCUCUGGGCGCAACGAUCCUCCAGCACUGAUGCUGAAAAGAACUACGUCUACCUUACAAUAGGUGUACCCGAUGUACCGCCAAAAUCUCUAAAGCUCGAUCUUACUCCAGAAAAGCUUACCUUCACUGGUACCUCAGAUUCCAAGAAGACCACUUAUCAUGUCGAGCUGGAAUUCUACGCCGAGAUUGAUCCUUCAGCAUCGAAGACACAUCAUACUGCUGCCAACAUCCAAAUGGUUUUGAGAAAGAAGGAAAUGAAGGAAGAGUUCUGGCCGCGACUGCUCAAGACUGACAAGAAGGCCCAUUUCCUGAGGACUGAUUUUGACAAGUGGGUUGACGAAGAUGAACAGAACGAGGCACCUGAAGACGACUACAUGGACAAAUUCGGUGGUGGUGGCAUGGGUGGUAUGGGAGGUAUGGGUGAGGACGGUGGCUUUGGCGGCAUCGACUUUUCGAAACUCGCUGGUGGUGCUGGCGGAGCUAUGCCAGGCAUGGAGGGCUUGGGUGGUGAAGACGAGGACGAGGAUGACGAGGAUGACGAGGAGAUGCCUGAUCUUGCUGACCCCGAGGCUGAAGAUGACAAGACUGCUGGCAAAGGUAAGAACAAAAUCGAGGAGAUCAACGAUGACGAGUCUAAAUAA